UUAAAGGUCACACUUGGUCUCUCUGUUUCUGCAAAGUCUCUCACACAAAGAAGAAGAAGAAGAAGAGAAUCAAUGGCGAGUUGCUUCAGCUACGUGUCUUCUCGUAACAAAUGUUACCAAUACAGCUUCUCUCGCGCUGGUCUACGAUCAUCUACCUCCGAUCUUGGCGACGGCACCGUUCUCCACUGUUGGAUCCCACAGACUCACAUCGACACCAAGCCCACGCUCCUCCUCCUCCACGGAAUCGGAGCUAACGCUAUGUGGCAGUGGGACCGCUUCAUCGACCGGUUUAUCCCCCGGUUCAACGUCUACGUACCGGACCUCAUCUUCUUUGGUGACUCGUACACCACUCGGCCCGACCGGUCAGAGUCUUUCCAGGCGAGUUGCGUCAUGAAGGCGAUGGAUGGUUACGGUGUUGGGACGGUGACCGUUGCUGGGCUCAGCUACGGAGGCUUCGUGGCCUACUCGUUGGCGGCGCAGUUUAAGGAGAGGAUAGAUCGGGUUGUGCUAAUAUGCGCCGGGGUUGCUCUCGAGGAGAAAGACGUGGAGGACGGGAUGUUUAAAGUGAGGGACCCGGAGGAGGCGGCUACUCUUUUGUUUCCUCAGUCUCCUUCGAUGCUCCGGCGGCUUCUCCAGUUAUCUUUCUAUAAACCUCCGAUUUGGAUACCUUCUUGCUUUGCCAUGGAUUACAUUCAUGUAAUGUGUAAAGAUUAUCUUCAAGAAAGGAAAGAACUUGUGGAAGCUCUGCAUAAGGGAAGAAGAUUCUCCAACCUUGCAAAGAUAACACAGCCGACGUUGAUAAUAUGGGGAGUGGAAGAUCAAGUUUUUCCAGUGGAAUUAGCUCAUAGAUUGCAAAGGUUUUAACCUUUUUUUUUUUUUUUUUUU